AUGGCCGCGUCAAGUGCAACAGGUGUUAAGAGAAGAGUGUUGGAAAAUGACUCUAAUUUUGGCUCUAGUGAAUCAGACUUCGACUCAGAUGAUAGUGUGAAGGAUAAAGAUUACGUUGAAUCAAGUGACACUUCCAAAAUCAGUGAAGAUAGUGAAAUUUCGAGUGGCUUUAAACAAAACAGUGCUGGAAAAGACCCUAGUGUAUCAGAGAUACUUAAAAAUGUGGUGCCAAAAAUUGAAGAGAUUUGGAAAAACGCGUCAAUUCCCAUCGUCUCCCGAAAUCGUGUAUGGGAUAAACUAAAGAAAUUUCAUGAACGUUACAAACAAAUUCAGAAAAAUAUAGAGUCUAGAAUACAUAGUGAGACCAUGCAAGAUGUAAUCGAAAAACUAUUUCCUAAUAAAACAGAACAGACGGAAGAAAGAGUACCUAUUGUCACUGAUAAAAACCGGCAAAGCAGCUCAAAUGGUGUGCAAAAUUCCCAUGAAAGUGAUAUACUAAAAACCUAUAUAAAAAUGGUAAGUAACUUAGAGGAAAGAAUUGAAGACCAAAAACAGAUAAUAAAACAUCUCAAAGAGAAAAAUUAUAAUAUUGAGGUUAAAAACGCGCCAAAAAAGCAGCCCGCUAGUAUGCAACCCAAAAUUCGCACAACAAGCAUCUCGGUUGCGGCCCACCCGGGGCAAGAAACACCGAAAAUAGACACCGAAAAUAGACACCAAAAAUAUAUCAGCUUAGGACAUGCGCAAAAAGAACCAAAUCAAACACAACCUCCAAAAAUGGUUAGUGAAAAUAUAACCAAACCUGUUGAUACAGAAUGGAAAACACCAAAAUAUCACAAGAAAAAUCGAGCUACCUAUGGCACAGGAGAAGAAAACACUGGGUUAAGGGCAUACAUACCCAAAUCGUACAUUCAUGUGUCCAAAAUACAUGUCGACUUCACAAAGGACGAUCUAAAUAGAUUCAUAAAGAACAAAAUCUUGGUAGAUGCAGAGUGUGAAGAGCUAGACAUAAGAUCAAGAAGCUAUAGAAGCUUUAAAGUUGCUGUGCUUGCCAAUGAAGCUAAAAAUCUAUUAGAUUCAAAGGCAUGGCCAAAAAAUAUAGCUGUAAAGAAGUUCAUAGAACGCAACAGAAAUUUUCAAACAAACACAGAACAAAAAAACUUGACCUAA